AUGGCGUUGCCAGCUGCUCUCAGUCUCAGUAUUGCAUCUCUCUCAUCAAUCUCAAGCCAUCCACACUCUCAUCUCCUCCCUUCUCAUCAAAUUAACUGCAGCUUUUCCUCUCCCUCUCCAUGUAUAUACAGCAAUCAUACUAGUCAUUCAAAGCCUUACAGAAGACUAACACCCUGGAGCCAGCACUGUUGUUUUCGUGUUUCAUAUCGAUUCUCUGCUGCUGCCGAAGGCGCGGACGACAACAACGAAGAAGCCGAGGAUGGUAGCUUCGAUGAAGCUGUUGUCCUUUUCAACACAAGGGACUACUACAAGUGCCAUGACUUCCUUGAGUCACUUUGGAACAAUGCUGAGGAACCCACCAGAACUCUUAUUCAUGGCAUUCUACAAUGCGCUGUGGGAUUCCAUCACCUAUUCAACCAGAAUCAUAAAGGAGCCAUGAUGGAGCUGGGAGAGGGACUUUGUAAGCUGAGAAAGAUGAAUUUCAAAAGUGGUCCAUUUUAUCAGUUUGAGCAAGAAAUCUCUGCAGCUCUGGAUUUUAUUUAUCAAACACAGAUAGAGUUGGCUGCCUGUACAGAGGAUCUUUGUGUUACAAUGGAUCAAUCAGAGAGAUCAUACCAACUUCUAGGUGGGUCUUAUGACAGUGAGCCACCAAAGGUGAAGCUUCCAACCCUCAAUGCAACCGCAGAACAUCUCGUGGCCUGUCAAUACAAGUGA